UUGCAUAUUCGAGGCAUAUACUGUCUGGUGAAAUAUUUAAGUAUUUACAAUUUUUUUAAAUUUCUGAAUGUUUUCACCACAUUUAUUUUAGCACGGUUGUCAGCUGAUUAUUUGAUUAUUGUGAAUGGUUAAGGUCCGGAAAAAUAUCCACUUGUGAAUAAACAAAAAGUUGACUAAACAAAAAGUUUAUGGAGCAGUUUAUGAGCGAAGCAUUCAUAGAAGCUAAAAGUGUGCUGGAGGCUGGAGAGGUACCUGUGGGCUGUAUUUUCCUUUAUCACGGCGACGGAAAGAGCAAAGUGAUAGCGCGCGCUGGAAACAAUGUAAACGCAACCAAAAAUGCUACACGCCAUGCGGAGUUCCUUUGUAUAGACAGAACUUUGGAGUUCUGCAAACGAAACAGUUUGUCUUUUGAUGAAGUUUUUUCCAAAAUCAGUGUUGUGGUCACUGUCGAGCCAUGUAUAAUGUGUUCAGCCGCCUUGCAUGAUUUGGGAAUAAAAGAGAUUUUAUAUGGUUGCGCAAAUGAUCGUUUUGGCGGCAAAACCCUAGUUGAUGUGCCGUUUGUAACGAACAGAACAGACGGACAAACUCAAGUAAAUGGUGGUGUUUGUGCUGACGAAGCAAUGACACUGUUGAAAGAUUUUUACAAAGGUGAUAAUCCCUCUGCGCCAAUAACUAAAACGAAGAGAUGAUAAAAUAAAUGUUAUAUAGAAUUUUUAUCAAUGAAUGUUCAUAUGCACGAAAAUCGUUUUUAAUACAUUGAACUGGGUAUAUUGAGUUUGCCAAGAAGUUUGAAACACACAGGAGAAAACUUCGAAGACCUUAUAGAAACAAGUCGGAUAAAUACAGUUUAUAUGUAGCUGUUUUUCAAACAACUAUCAAAA